UCUACCUUCUUCCUCCUGAUCCCCUUCUCUCUUUCUCUCUCAACCGCAUCCAUGCACGGGGGUAGCCACGCUCCUCGCCUUCCUCCUUCAGAUCCCGCCGCCGGCUAGCCUUGAUCCCGCGUAGGUCCCUACCUCCAACCUCAGCGCCCACCCACACUUCUUCCGCUGCCCAUGGCUGCAGAUUCCUUCCGCCCCGGCGAGCCGGAGUUGGAAGUCGCCUAGUACUCGCCCUAACUUAAACCAGGGCCCAGUUAUUUUGUUCAUUCUCUCAAAGCCCAAACCGACACACACAACCCCCAAACGCCCGAACCCCAUGGAGGCAGGGACGAGCUCGCCGGCGGCCGUUGCCGCGCCGCUUCCCCUGGACGAUCUCCUUCGGGAGAUAUUCCUGCGCCUCCCGCCGGAGCCGAUCCACCUCUUCCGCGCCUCCUUCGUCUGCAAGCACUGGCGCGGCCUCGUCCACGACGCCCGCUUCCUCCGCCGCUUCCGUGAUUUCCACGGCGGCACGCCUCCCGUGCUCGGCUUCUUCAACCAGACAGGGCCUCCCUUCUUCGUCCCCACCUCCGGCGGCUUCGCGCUCCCCACCGUCACGAUGUCCCCAGAUGACUGGUGGGCCCUCGACUGCCGCCACGGCCGCGCCCUCAUUGAGAGCUGCCGCACUGGGACGCUGCUCGUCUGGGACCUCGUGACCGGCGACAAGCGGUACCUGCCGCUCCCCGCGCAGGACUGUUCUCAGUACAAUGGCGCGGUUCUGUGCGCGGCUGGCCACGCCGACCACCACGACUGCCAUUCUUGCCCGUUUCUCGUGGCGUUCGUGUUCAGUGACGACAGGGAUUUCAUCACCUCCGCAUGCGUCUUCUCGUCUGAGACCGGUGUCUGGGGUGAGAUCACUUCGAUUGUUAUACCAGAUGCAUUAGUUCUGCCAAAGCCGACGGCUCUGGUUGGAAACACAAUCUACUUCCUGUUGGAUGACAAUAGCAUCAUUGAGUUCGUUUUGGAUAAGCAUACCUUGGGUUUAGUUGAGGAGGUGCCAUGUACCUACGAUCAGAUUAUCAUCAUGCGGACAGAGGAUGGAUGCCUUGGUUUAGCUGGAGUGGAACGAUUCAAUUUCAAUCUUAAUCUGUGGUCAAAGGUGGCGAGCAUUGACGGGGUGGUGACAUGGACACAUCAAAGGGUCAUUCAACUCGAAAAAAUUCUUGCGCCUGAAGCAGUGUCGGCGUGUAUGGUUGGAGGUAUUGGAGCGCAUGCAGUUGGCUGUGCGGUAAAUGCGGAUGUGAUCUUCAUCGAUGUGUAUCCUAGCAUCUACAUGAUCCAUCUCAAGUCCAUGAAGAUCGAGGAGGUGUCGAAGAAACGGAUCGGCAAACAAUAUGUUUUUCCUUACACAAGUUUCUACGCUCCAGGAAUUACCAUUGGUGGUGCAAAUGAUCAAGUUGAAGUGCUGAACAACAGUUGAGAUGAUUGUGCUGUUACAUCUGCUGAUGCGCUUUGUUGGUUGAAGAGGUUUCCGCCGAGCGGUGAAUGUGGCUGUUAAUGAACUACUAUUCCUUGAGAAAUGUGUCGCUCACUUGCAAAACGUGAGGAAAUUUGUGGCUUUAAUAAUGCUCUGUAGCACAUUCGUGCUGAACCAAUAUGUUAGGUUUUUUCUUCAGAGAUUCUGAUGGCUUUGUGAGCUCUAUGAUCCCCCGCUAAAAAUUGUCAUAGUUUGUUCUUUCCUUUUUUGUGGUACCAUCGUAAUGUUGUGUAAUGCACAAAGUUGAACUCUGCUUGUGUGAUGGCAUGGCAAUAUGACAGCUGCUAUACCUGGGAAGUAUAUAUGCAUUUUCUCUCCUGCAAA